AUGCUGUCGGAGGUGGCCGUUGGCACGUCAGACCGCACCACGCGCGAUGAUGCUGGGCAGGGCAGCCAUUCCACCACUGCUAACACGGCUGCAUCGGAGACACGUGCGGGUGGCGUGAAGGCUGAAGAGCCGGACCCAGACAGCAGCGCCAACAGCCGAGGAGGAAGAAGCGUAUCUGGGGCAUCGUCACAGUCGCAGCCGGAUGCAAAUGUGAAGACAGAGCCGCCAACGCCCUCCGAGAACCCAUUGCCUGCCGACACGAUCCCGGCUGCAGCCACGGUGGUGAAGAAGGAAGGGGAGGGCAACGAUUUGGUGCUUGUUAUCAAGGAAGAGAGCAGCGCCAACAACAGCAACAACAGCAACAACAGCGCCGCUGACAACACCGGCACCAACAUGCAAACGGAUGGUGAACAUGGUGAUGGUGAUGACAUCAAGGAGGAAGGGAACGAUGUGGGAGGUGGUGCGGAAGGUGACCAUCCAAAGAAGAGGGCAAAGAGAUAG